GAUGGAGCCAGGGGAGGUGACGACAGUCCUCAACAACGAGCUGGAGGUCCCGGUCAGCAGCGGCCCCAGUGGGGACUUUGAGAUCCGGGAGGAGGAAGAGACGACACGUCCCGAGCUCGGUAACGAGGUGAUGGCUGUGGUGACGCUGCCAGCGGGACCCGGGCUGGGCAAGAACGCGGAGCCGGGGUUGAUCGACAACACGAUAGACUCUGGGAAUUCGGCAGCUCAGCUCCCCCAGAAGAACAUCCUGGAGAGGAAAGAAGUGUUGAUAGCGGUGAUCGUGGGCGGUGUGGUGGGAGCCUUCUUCGCUGCCUUUCUGGUCAUGCUGCUCAUCUACCGGAUGAAGAAGAAGGACGAGGGCAGUUACACGCUGGAGGAGCCCAAGCAAGCCACCGUGACGUACCAGAAGCCGGACAAGCAGGAGGAGUUCUACGCGUAGAAGGAGAGCCCG